AAAUAAGAAAAUUAAUUUAAUAAACACAAACUUGAAAAAGAAACAAUGUUAACACGAUUAAAAUGGCUAUUGUUAACGUCGUUAUUGAAUGUAAAUGCAGAUAAGGGAUUAUUAAAAAGGAAAGGUGACGCACGUCCUAUUGUACUUAAAAUGGACCCAGACCAAGUAGCAGAAACAUUUAAGUCUAUGUUAUAUUCACCAUAUUUUAAAGACAUGGCUAACCAAAUUGCAGCGAAAGCUGUUGAGCAUUAUAUAAGCGACGUAAUUCACAAAGAUCCUUCAUCAAUGAAUGAACAAACGAGAGACUAUGUAGCGAAGCAACGACCGAAAUAUUUCGCUCAACACGCACCACAACAGAUUCAGCAGCAACAGUUAAAACAGCAACAGGUAAAGCAGCAACAGUUAAAGCAGCAACAGUUAAAACAGCAACAGUUAAAACAGCAACAGUUAAAACAGCAACAGUUAAAACAGCAACAGUUAAAACAGCAACAGUUAAAACAGCAACAGUUAAAGCCGCAACAGCUUCAACGGCAACAGCCGCAACAGCAAGACGUAGAAAAGUCAUACAACGAUGUAAUUAUAGACCAUAAUGAGAAGAACAAUAUACCAGCCGCAACUGAUAUGAUUUUAACUGACCGUGAGCCACAGUCCCAUAUAUCUAAAUUAAAGGAUCUAGAACCAAAACAAAGUGUAUUAAACGAACAAGUCGCUUAUGCACUUUUGAGAGAUCCUUCUCCUGACGGAGAUUUAGGUUUAGGUUUAGAUUCGUUGGAACAACCAACGUCUCCCAAACUUCCGCGGCCACCGAAAAAAAUAAAUGGAAUGUACUUCAGGAAACGUCGUCGUCGAAUAUUUUCAAAGUAACUUGCUACAUUUUUGAAUCGAUAGAAAUCCUAUACUUGGUAUAAUAAGGCCGUAUGUGAUUGUGUGUCAAAAGUGCUUCCAUCACAUGAACUCACUACUUGAAACAAAUUAUGUACAUGUGAAUAUCUAUUAACCUCUGUCUUGAAAAGUUGUAAUUUUGCAGAUGUGGCUUUAUUAAACCAGGGGCGCGAAACAUUAUUUGAAAUAAAUGUGCUUUCGCUAUAAAUCA